CAUCACGGCUGCAGAGGAAGCGGGGGUCGCGGAGCGGAGCGGCGGCCCGGGAGGAUGGAGCUGUGCUCAGGCAGCCACACUGCUCCUCCCGACAUCUGACGGUUCGACCGUCACCGUGGACGUUGUGCUCGCUCGACGUGCCGUCCUGCGGCCCGGACUCAGAUAUGACCCGGGUUCUGUACGCAAGCUAGCCGGCCGGGUGUUAGCUUAGCUAGCUCGUUUGUUGCACCGCUGCGGGCAGCGGGUGUUGGAGCUCAGCUGGUCCGCUGCAGCGUCACCAUGGUGCGGCCGUAGAUGUCAGACUGGCGACGGUGAUCUCUGUCCAAACAUCCAGACAUGGCAUCGCAGCUGCAGGUGUUUUCCUCCCCCUCCGUGUCCUCCAGUGCCUACUCUCGUUCAAAGAGGCUUAAAGUAGAGAACCCUGCCUGGGAUGUGGCCAAUCAGCUGGCAGAAAACAGCUACUAUCAGCACAGCCCGUCUCAGGGAGUCGUACCCUCCACCUCCGGCUCCAACUUUGGCCCGGUCUACGACUCCAACCAGKCGCACCCGCCUGUGUCCGGUUCCCGGGAGCAGACGGUGGUGCGGGCAGCGGACAGCACAGGGAGCCUUCGUGGACCUCCUUCCUCCACUUCCUCUAACUCCUCCGCCUCCUCCAGCCGACGCGUCAAGRAUGCGGAGUCGUCCUCGCAGCCCUGCGAGCUCUACCACAAGCAGUACAGCUUGAAGAGGAAGAGCGAGGAGGUGGACAGCAGCGAUAGCGUCCAGAUACUGGAAGAGCUCUCGGCCCCCGUGGUGUCAAACCGAGCAGGCGGCGGAGGGGGGACCACCACAGCUCAGUCCAUAGCACACUCCGCCUCCACCACCAAGAGCAGCACCUCCCACAGCGAGGGCGACUAUCAGCUGGUCCAGCAUGAGAUCCUGUGCUGCAUGUCCAACAGCUACGAGGUGCUGGAGUUUCUGGGGCGCGGCACCUUCGGCCAGGUGGCAAAAUGUUGGAAGCGAGGCACAAAUGAGAUUGUGGCGAUUAAAAUCUUGAAGAACCAUCCUUCGUAUGCUCGACAGGGGCAAAUUGAGGUGAGCAUCCUCAGCAGGCUGAGCACAGAGAACGCUGACGAGUUCAACUUUGUCCGCUCCUACGAGUGUUUUCAGCACAAGAACCACACGUGCCUUGUGUUUGAGAUGCUGGAGCAGAACUUGUACGACUUCCUGAAGCACAGCAAGUUCAGCCCUCUGACCCUAAAAUGCAUCAGGCCCAUCCUGCAGCAGGUGGCCACGGCUCUGAUGAAGCUAAAGAGCCUGGGCUUGAUCCACGCCGACCUGAAGCCUGAGAACAUCAUGCUGGUAGACCCUCUGAGGCAGCCAUACAGGGUGAAGGUCAUAGAUUUUGGCUCUGCUAGUCAUGUGUCCAAAGCCGUUUGCUCCACCUACCUGCAGUCACGAUAUUACAGAGCUCCAGAGAUCAUUCUGGGUCUGCCUUUCUGCGAAGCCAUCGACAUGUGGUCUCUGGGCUGCGUUAUAGCUGAGCUGUUCUUGGGGUGGCCCCUGUACCCCGGUGCCUCAGAGUACGAUCAGAUCCGGUACAUUUCCCAGACUCAGGGCCUYCCAGCAGAGUACCUGCUGAGUGCAGGAACCAAGACCAGCCGCUUUUUCAACAGAGGCCCUGACUCCAGCUACCCGCUCUGGAGACUGAAAACUCCUGCAGAGCACGAGGCAGAGAUGGGCAUCAAGUCAAAGGAGGCAAGAAAAUACAUCUUUAACUGUCUGGAUGAUAUGAUGCAGGUGAACAUGAUCAACCUGGAGGGCACCGACAUCCUGGCAGAGAAGGCCGACAGACGAGAGUUCAUAGACCUGCUGAAGAAGAUGCUGACGCUGGACGCCGACAAGAGGAUCACGCCCAUGAAGACCCUGAACCAUCCUUUUGUCACCAUGACGCACCUGCUGCACUUCCCCCACAGCUCCCACGUGAAGUCUUGCUUCCAGAACAUGGACAUAUGCAAGCGUAGAUGCAGCGCCUUUGAGAAUGGGAAGAACAUGUUUGCCAGCAGCAACACGCCAAGUGCAGCCGCCAACCUGACGGUGACUUUCAGCAGCCAGCUGAACCAACACAACCAGAUGUCCUCUGCAGGAGGUCAGUCCCUGUCCCUCAGCAGUAACGUCCCCCUGCUGAACUACCAGCCCGGCCUCUACCAGCAGGCCACCAUCAACAUCCCUGGUCUGACCCAGCAGGGCGUUCCUCUGCAGACCAGACCGGCCCAGCUCUGUGCCCAGACCGAACCCUUCCAGCAGACGCUCAUCGUUUGUCCUCCGACCAUCCAGGGCCUUCAGACCACCAACAAACCACCUGCUUAUCCAAUGAGAAUGGACAACUCUGUCCCUUUAAUUGCUCAGAACCAAUCCUCCCAGUCUCUUCACAUCCAGCCCAGUAUGCUGGCUCAGCAGGGCUGGCCAGCAGGAACACAGCAGAUCCUCAUCCCGUCCACAUGGCAGCAGAUGCCGGGCGUGUCCCUCCACAAUCCCAGCCAGGCCGUGGUACCGGAGUCACCCAUGGGUGCUCCGGUGCCGGACCCUCAACAAGCUCCAGGGUGGAGAGGUCGCCAUGGCAACCAGUUUGAUGGGAUCAACCAGCAGGACUCCGGUGUGAGCCGUCACGCCGCCGCCCACAAUCACGGCUCAGGAGCGCCUCAAACACGAUCGCAGCAGGGCAAGAGGUCAAAGGUUCAACAGGGUGACGGCAGAGCCAGGCCUGCAGCAUCAGUGGCGUCAGCCACCACUGUGGUCCACAGCACCUCUUCACUUGGUGACCAGUCUCAGCCAAUCAUCAUCUCUGACACGCCCAGUCCCGCCGUCAGCAUCAUCACCAUCCACAGUGACUCAGAGGAUGAGGACCAGGCCCAGGUGUCGGCUGCCAGCUCUGGAACCAGUCAGAGACCCAACGUCAUCAGCUGUGUGACGGUUCACGACUCUCAUGACUCGGACUCCUCCACCAGCAGCCCCUUGAGCCCCCGGACCACCUCACAUCCCACCAAGACUCGAGCUGUCAUCGUGCCCUCUGUGAAGCUUCAGCCUGCAGAGGGCGCUGCCAACAAGACUGCAGCAGCCACAGAUGAAGCUGUAAGCAGCUCUGGAAAGCUGAAGAAGGUGUCUGUUCAAUCGUCAGGUUGGUCAGGAGACUCCACCGCUGAUCGUCCUCACAGAGCUGCAUCCAGCAGGUCUCAGCCUCUCAACCUGAGUCAGGUGCAGCCCUCCGUGGUUCCACCCUCCCACAGCCAAUCAGGAAGCAGCGGUUCUCUGAGGCGACAGCCCACAUACCCCCCACCAGUCUCCUCCCACUCCUCCUACCGCCUCCACGAGAGCGCCCUGUUCAGCUCCGCUCCCAACUUGUACGCCUACCCGGCCUCCGCCGCCCUGGCCUCCGUGUCCCAGGCCGUGGACCAGAUGCAGAGCGGUCCGUCCCGACACGGCAGACCCAGUGGAGCCUACUCAUCCCUGGCUCUACUGCAGAAGAACGGGAGCUUAACCCUGGGAGGGUCUGUCUCCGGACAGUUCAGCACCCAGCAGCAGGCUUUUCACCGCUCCACUUAUCAGAGAAAACUUAACCAGUAUCCUGCCUACCUGUGAAGGUGAGCGGCUCUGCUCCAAGAUGAGCACAAGCUCCACCCGGGCGUCUCUGAAGCUCCACCCGGGCGUCCCUCAUCAGCCUCAGAAUGGUUUGGUUUUAAUCAUGAUCUGUUUUUAUUUAAAUCAGUCCGUUCUUCUGCAGCAUCUCAGCACAUGACGAGGCUCUUAUUAAACAUCAGUUGUAGUUCUCAGCUCAACCUGAAGCUCAGCUGACAUCAUGGAGGACCUGAAAACUCUUUUAUGUUGAGGUUUUUUAACUGUCAUUCUAAGUUCAUUCAUCAGAGAAAUUCCCUGAUUUUAUUUAAAACAGAAACUUUUGCUGCUAGUUUUUUUUAACGUUUCUCUGACUGCUUUAAAUCUAGACUUUUCCAUAAACAAGGCCUCAUCAGGACCGUUUGCUGUCAGCUCCUUGUGUUCAGUUGUAUUCAUACUUUAAUAAUGAAAGUCUGAACUUGAUUGUGAAUUAAAGUGACGUUCUGUUUGUUGUAAAGCUGUGUCACUGUUUUCAGUCCUCUGAGGACCUCUUCUAUUUAUAUGUUCAGUGUGUCCAACUCCAGGAAUCGUUUUAGUUUGAAACUUCCUGUUAGGUUGUGUCUCAGACUGAGGAGACGUUUAUAGCAUAUAAACUUAAUAUUCUGGAAAAAUAUUAAACUUCUUGUCUUGUGAUGUUUGUGAAGUAAAACGUGCACAAAAGAUCCAGCAGCGUGUCUCUUGGAUAUAAUUCAGGGUGUUAGUGAUGAGUAGAAAUAUGAAUUGUUGUGAAGUCUACAGUAGAGAACACAGUCAACCUUCACUCAUCAAUAUGCAAUAAAGUCUUGAAGAAAA